AUGUUGUGUAAUCUACCAUGUCGAAUUGUUUUGAUAGCGAUGAACACUGUCAGUAUGGCGGCAGGGUUGAUUUUGCUGACAGUCGGAGCAUUAAUGGUUUGGGGACAAAGUGUUAUCCAAUCACUGUUGAACAAUUUUGUAACCUCUUUGAUCAAUCAAUACCUUAAGGGGACUGAUGCGCUACAAAUUACUGAGUUGGUUACACGUAUACUGACAUCAACAUCUCCUGUUGGAAUGGCUCUUUUCAUAUUGGGCGCUGUCUGUACGGGUAUAUCGGUAUUUGGUUAUUGUGGUGCUUGUUGCAAUAUGAAGACAUUGCUUUAUAUCUAUGCUCUUCUUGUGGGAAUCCUCGCCGGUGCUGUAAUGGUCACAUUCAGUGUUUACUUUGCUCGUAAGGAUAUGCUUGGACAAAAAGUGAUCGAUUUAUUCAAACAGAGUGUAGACAAUUACAAGUCGAUGAAAGCAAAUACAGUUGACAGCCUGAUAGUCGGUUUAGUUUCACCUCAGCUCCAGUGUUGUGGUGUACAAAAUGGAUCAGAUUUCCAGAAAUCAGGCAAUUUCGAGAAAAAUGAUACUUAUGGUGGUGAAAGCUAUUAUGAUUUGGCCUAUCCUGUUGUAUGUUGUAAAAUGACUGAAAAGUACGUGAUCGUUUCGAAGACAUGCCCAAAGGAAUUUACUGUAGAUAACAGUAAUUUUAAUGUUGGCUGUCAGGAACCAUUGAAACACUUUUUCCUAAAGUAUAUGGACUUUGUGGCCUUUGGUUUGAUCGCUGUAUUCAUAUUACUGUUGCUGAUCGUUAUGUUCGCCUUACUCACAGUUUGUAUUGAUUUUGUUUAAACGAGUUGAAAGAAAGCGAAAAAAAGAGGAACAUUUCAAAAAUGAUUGAUUAAAGUCAGAAUUUCUAAAAUAUAAAAAAAGCUUUACAAAAAAACACACACACAAAUUUAAAACAUACUGAUGAAACCUAGCCCUUCUAUUCUCUGUCCCUACAUGCCUCACUCAAUCACCCACUCUCUCUCUUGCUGUCUCUGCUGUUCACAUUCUCUCCAACACAUAUUUGCACACACACAUGCACACUUGUCCACUUCAGUAUGUACAUUUUCUUCAUUUAAUAUGAUAAGUAAAUAAAACUGACUUUCUAUGGAAUUCUUCAGAGUGUAGUUAUCAUCCCAGAACUAUGACAGUAGUAGCUCGAGUAGUAGUAAAGAAGUAAUCGUCGCCGUGGUCUCUUCAUAGUGAUCAUGAAGGUUUUUAAUUGAGCCUUUCAUGGUGAACUGACCUUCGCCAUCAGUGAUAUUUACACUACACUUCUCUGUAUGUGUUUUAGUAUGCGUGUGUGCGUAAGUGUGUUUGUGUGUAUGUGUGAAUGCGUAUGAAUGAAAAUGUUCUUGCAACAGCGCAAUGAUUAUCAACACUCCACAUAGUCUUUUAUUUUGAGGGAGUUUUCAUAUCAUCCAAGAGAGAAUUCAGUUUGCUGAAAAAUACUGGAUUACUUAAUCGGUUCCAUUUUUCGAGCUUCAUUUCGAGAUAAUCAUCAUCAUCACUAUCACCUUCUUCUUCUUGUUCCUGCCGUUGCACAUAUCAAUAGUCAAAAUAAGUUGUUGACUUUUGUCUCUUUCUCUUUUUGUGUGUUUUUAAAUCUGUUUCGUUUCCUUAUAAUAAUAAUUUAUAAAUAUUGAAUAAGUAACUUGUUUUUCGUUAUGUCUGUAUGAAUUAUAUAUAUAUAUAUAUAUAUAUAUAUUGUAUGACCAAAUUCUCCUCUUCACUUGUAAUAUUCAUUGCUGAAAGUUUGUAUUCGUGUGUGUGUGUGUGUGGUUUGAAGUUGAUUCAUUCUAAGAUUUUUGAAAUAUAUUCAUGAAUUUGGU